UUGAAUCCGCUUUUGUGGCAGUGUAUUGAAGAGACCUGAAGAUCACCUUACGCCUCAGCUUACCACAAACUGCAAACAGCAAAAUGACAGUCAGGUGAUUCAUGGCAGGGGACGUGGAAGGGUUUAGCUCCUCCAUCCAUGACACCAGUGUCUCUGCUGGAUUCAGAGCACUGUAUGAGGAGGGAUUGCUUCUUGAUGUCACACUUGUCAUUGAAGACCACCAAUUUCAGGCCCAUAAAGCACUGCUUGCCACCCAGAGUGAUUACUUCAGGAUUAUGUUCACAGCUGACAUGCGGGAACGAGAUCAGGACAAAAUCCAUUUGAAAGGUCUGACAGCUACAGGCUUCAGUCAUGUCCUCCAAUUCAUGUAUUAUGGAACUAUUGAACUGAGUAUGAACACUGUUCACGAAAUCCUUCAGGCUGCCAUGUACGUCCAGCUUAUAGAGGUGGUAAAAUUUUGCUGCUCUUUUCUCCUAGCUAAAAUCUGCCUAGAAAACUGUGCAGAAAUCAUGAGACUUCUGGAUGAUUUUGGUGUAAACAUCGAAGGAGUCAGGGAAAAAUUAGACUCUUUCCUGCUAGAGAAUUUUGUGCCGCUCAUGUCCAGACCUGACUUCCUUUCAUAUCUGAGCUUUGAAAAGCUCAUGUCUUACUUGGAUAAUGAUCAUCUGAGCAGGUUUCCAGAGAUAGAGCUGUAUGAAGCUGUUCAGGCCUGGCUGCGCCAUGAUAGAAGACGCUGGAGGCAUACGGACACCAUCAUUCAGAACAUCAGGUUUUGUUUGAUGACACCAUCCAGUGUUUUUGAGAAGGUAAAAACAUCAGAGUUUUACCGAUACUCCCGGCAGCUGCGACAUGAGGUUGACCAAGCCAUGAAUUACUUUCAUAGCGUUCACCAGCAGCCUUUGAUGGAAAUGAAAUCGAACAAAAUUCGUUCUGCCAAACCCCAGACUGCCGUGUUUAGAGGAAUGAUAGGACACAGUAUGGUAAACAGUAAAAUUCUUCUCUUGCACAAACCGAGGGUCUGGUGGGAACUAGAGGGUCCUCAAGUACCUUUACGACCAGACUGCCUUGCCAUUGUGAAUAACUUUGUGUUCCUGUUAGGUGGGGAAGAGCUGGGGCCAGAUGGUGAGUUUCAUGCUUCAUCCAAAGUGUUUAGAUAUGACCCAAGACAGAACACUUGGUUACGAAUGGCAGACAUGUCUGUCCCGCGUUCUGAGUUUGCUGUUGGAGUUAUUGGGAGGUACGUUUAUGCAGUGGCUGGGAGAACCAGGGAUGAAACCUUUUAUUCAACUGAACGGUAUGAUAUUACUGAAGAUAAAUGGGAAUUUGUAGAUCCCUAUCCAGUCAAUAAAUAUGGACAUGAAGGAACUGUGCUGGGUAACAAGUUGUAUAUCACUGGUGGAAUUACAUCAUCUUCAACUUCUAAGCAAGUGUGUGUAUUUGAUCCCAGUAAAGAAGGGACAGUAGAGCAGCGAACAAGGAGAACUCAAGUGGUCACUAACUGUUGGGAGAACAAAUGCAAAAUGAAUUAUGCAAGAUGCUUUCACAAAAUGAUUUCUUACAAUGGUAAGCUUUAUGUCUUUGGAGGUGUCUGUGUGAUCCUCAGGGCUUCCUUUGAAUCUCAAGGAUGUCCCUCUACAGAGGUUUACGACCCUGAUACUGAUCAGUGGACUAUAUUGGCUUCUAUGCCAAUUGGUAGGAGUGGUCAUGGUGUAGCUGUUCUGGACAAACAGAUAAUGGUUCUUGGAGGCCUCUGUUACAAUGGUCAUUACAGUGACUCAAUUCUCACCUUUGAUCCAGAGGAAAACAAGUGGAAAGAAGAUGAAUACCCAAGGAUGCCCUGCAAGCUGGAUGGCUUACAGGUCUGCAGCUUGCACUUCCCUGAAUAUGUUUUGGAACAUGUUAGACGUUGCAGCUGAAACAGAAUAAACACUCUCAGUGAAAUAUGAAAAGCUGAAUCUUAUUUGUCAGAAAAAAAAAGUAGAUCAUUCCGAAAGUAAUGCCUCCUAUUUAUUUCCAAGGAAACUACGACAUACACAAAGAGCACAGUAACAUUACUUGAUUGAGCAAGUUCUUGGCUGCAAAAUGCUAUUUUUCACUAUAGUCACCACCAUGGGCUAUGCAUUCUCGACUGUAACGAGCAAGAGCCUGGCAUGCUGUGCUUGUGAAAACCUGUACCAGCGGAGUUGACCCAUUGUUCUAUGGCUGCUUUGAUGGCAUAGUUCAUAGGAAAAUGUUGUCCAUGCAGUCUGUCUUCCGUCGGCUCAAACAAAUGGAAAUCAGAAGGCGCCAAAUCCAGGUAAUACAAUGGAUGUGGUGAACAGUCCAGCCUAGAUUGGCAGUGUGAUCCACAGUCUUCAAACUAGUGUGGGGCAUGGAGUUACUAUGUUACAGGAGAAAGGCCCUCUUCUUUUUUGGUUUAUGUCACGUCCCACCUGUCAGCUAGUUGUCACGGCAACAGCUUUGCACUGCAAGUGUUUGAGACAUACCAAGCACACCCCAAAAGGUCAUAAAGUAUUUUUUGUUGAUCUUUUACAGCCUGGCUCUGGAUUAAGCCUUCAGCUUAAUCAGCGCUAUGAUGGAGCGGUCAGAGUUGAUGGUUUAUCUGGGUUCCAGGAAAUCUAGAAGGAUCACCGCCUUCAUAUCCCAAAAGACUGUGCACACAUUUUACCUGCUGACGGCUGCAUCCUGAACUUUUUGUGAGGAAUUCAUGCUCUGUGGACUGCUGUUUUGACACUGGCUCAAAAUUUUGACAGCAAAUCUCAUUAUCAGUAAUGCGAUCCAGAAAACCGUCACUUUCAGCCUUGCACUGGAUUCCUGGUCGUAACUCACUGAUUCACGCAAGUGGUCUGAUCGAGACACUCUUCAUUUCAUGAUGUGACAGCUGUGCACAGCCAUCUGGAACAUAGCUUGUCUUUCACAUCGCUUACCACUGCUGAAAUGCACCACCCGCUGCCUCACUGUGCUCACAUCCACUGUUGAUCUCCAGAAACGUUCAGCAUGUGUCAGUGAAUGUCAGUGGGUGCAAUUGUUUCCUGUUUUAUUGGAGGAAUUUCAGUCACACACACUUCACACCCACUUCCCCAGACUGCCCGUCUGCUGUCAUCUGUCACAUGGCGACAAAAUGUAGUGGACUAUUGGAGGGAAAGUUCAACUUCUACUGCUAUGCCACCGCCAUCUGCCUCUGACAUUGUGAGCCAACAUAAUACAAUAGGAGGCAUUACUUUUGGAGCAGCUAACAUACAAUCUAGUUGAAUUCCUUCAGAGACAUUAGCAUGUUGUGUGUAAGGACAACUGCUAAAUGCUUAAGAGAAACAGGAUUUACAGGGAGAAUACUUACCAAGUUUGUUAGAAAAGCCAAUAGUUGGUCUGAUACUGUAAAAGUUGUGGGAUUUGUUUUUGUUUUGUUUCAACAAAUGCAGUUGUAAACAGGGGAAAGAAAAUAUAUCUUUGGGGUGUGCUUAUUCUUUUGAUAGCAUUUCAUGUCCAUACUUGUUUGACUUUUUUGUUUUUUUGUUUGUUUUCCUGUGGCCACGGUACCAGAUUUCUUCUCAAAUCAAUUGAAUUUAACAAAACAUUUGUGGAAGGAAGAAAGACCUGAUUCUCUUUUUUUAUUGAGCAUCGAAGUAGAACUCAUAAGCUGUAGUAGGAUACAACUAAGUUUAAAAGAACAAAGCUAAAACCAUUUUUGCAUUUUAUGUUGUGUUUGGAUGCUCUUCCCAUUAAUUGCAAAGUACUCUCACAUCUGCGAGGUGUUUCUGUUUUCCCUUAAAUGCUGUUAAGUAUAACCUCAGUCUCUUUGCAUGUGUUUUUUUUCCAAGUUUUGUAUAUUAGUACUGGUAAGUCUGCCAAAAUGUGAAUUACACGUUUUCUACUGAAUUGAAAAAACUUUAACUUUUUAAAAAUAUUAUUAUUUAAAACACUAUUUCUGUGCUGCCUUCUGUUGUCUGCAUUAUGUUUGUUGGUAAGUAAAGUAUGUACAUGCAUAUACAUUGUAAAAAAAACAAAAAACAACCUUUUUACAUGCAGCUGUAUUUAAACCAGUGCACAAAUUCAGCCAUAUCCGUUAAAUUUAAGGUGUAGUUUUAUCCAUUAAUGAGCUAAGUAAGUCAAAGUUCUUACGUAACUGGAAGCAUCAUUUGAUAUCAAAGUAUCUUUAGCAUAUACUGAUUGAUUCAGUAACUUUAAAAUCCUUAUACUGACUUUACGUAAUGAGCUCUUAAUAAUUUGUUGUUUUAUAAAUUAUUUAAAAAAAAAACUAAAUACUUCUUACCUGAGUUUGUUUUAUGUAUGAAUGUGCUACCAGUCUUGUUUUUUAUGAAAAUGGAAAGUGUCAGUAAGCAAAUGCUCACCAGCACUGCUUUGACCCACAGGUAUUUUCAGAACUGGAUGUACUAUAGUGUAUUCUCAGCAGUGGCUUUGCUUGUACUCAUAUAGAAGUGAUAAAUCUUUUAUUAAUAGUAGGGUUUUUUUAAAAUUAUUUGCUGCUGUGAACUACUGUGUUUGAGUUAGGUGUUUGGAUGGCUACUACCAUUUGUGUUUCUACAAAAAAAAUAACAAAUUUCAUGGCUGUAGCUACUGACCUCAUAGUGCCUGAAAUGAAAUGUGCUGUUCCUGAGGGCUUUUAAUAACUCCAUUGUGUUAACUUGCAGAUAUCAGUAAGAAUGAUUUGCCAAGGUAUAAAUAAUGACAAUUCAAUUCUUACUUUCUUUAAUGUUGUAAAAACAAUCACUAAUAGAAUCUGAAGGAGAAAUGUGGGUAACUCAAAGGCUUACACUUGGUUCAGGAGUGUAGGGAGAAAAUACUGAAACAUGCAUUUGCAUCUUCUAUAAAGUCUUAUGCUACUUUGCUUUUCUUUAAGCAGUAGACUUAAUAGACAGCACUGCAAAUCGACUUUAUUCAGCAUCUUCUAGUUAACAAUCACUGUAGAAGAGGAAUGUACAGUACUCAGGGAGUUCAGAAGAAUGCACUUGCAGAAGGACCAAAAUCACUGCAAAAUAUCCUGUGUUAAAAAUAACACCUACUUACCUAAACUGAAUUUUAAAUCAUCAACAGAAGUGAAAACAACGUAUACAACUCCUCAUCUAUAUAAUUGGUGAUAUCUUUGUAGUAAUUAUGUUCUGGGUUGAGAUGGGAUAAUCUAAAUCAGAUCAGUAGAUUUUUUUUUCUUAAAAAUGACUUACUGAGCAUUUUCUUUCUAUAAGUUAACAGGAAGGAUAAUUUAUGCCAUCACAGCUGUAUUAAUGUUAUCUAUGCCGGUAGUGACUGGAUCAAAUAUUGAUUUUCAGCCUUCUCAUGUAGACUAAGGGUUGCUUUUAAAUUCAAGUCUUUACUGAAUGAGAAAUAUCAUUUACUUUCCUAGUAGUCUAACUUAAAGCCAACUUCAUUUACACUAAAACCUCAGUUCCACUGUGAGACUUGUGCGUACAUUGUCCUUUGUAGGUGCAGAGAUGACCUGAUUCCAGUAGGUGCUGGCUGUGUGCAAGUAAGAAGGUUCUUCUGUAUCUAUCUCAAAGAGUAUUAGGGCACACAAAAAAACCAAAACCUUUUUCUUUACUAUUCUUACUCUUUUUGUCACAGUCUUAUUUCUUAAUAAAUGUAUGGGGCAGCAAAAAUCUAAUCCUGCUUGAGUAAGCUUCAGGGGAACUUAAUAAUAUGUAGCUCACUCUGAAAGUAAUGCCUCCUGUUUAUAUUCAUGGAAACUGCAACACAUGCAAGGAGCACAAUAACACUUUGAUAGAGCAAAUUCUGAGCUACAAAACUACUUUUCACCACAGUCGCCACCAUUAGCUAUGCAUUCUCAACAGUAAUGAACAAGAGCAUGCAUGCCACAGAUAUAAAAAUUUGUGUCUCCCACUGGUGGUGACCCACUGUUCCCCAGCAUUGAAAAUGUUGCCUAUGCAGUCCAUCUUUCUUCAGCUUGAACAGGUGGAAAUCAGAAGGCCCCAAAUCCAGACUACACAGUGGGUGUGGUAGGACAGUCCAGCCAAGAUUGGCAGUGUGAUCCAUGGUCUUCAAACAUGUAUGGGGCCUGGAGUUAUUGUGUGACAGGAGAAAGGUUGUCUUCUUCUCUGGCCUGACUCUGGAAGUUGGAGCCUUCAGCUUAGUCUGCAUCAUGAUGUAUGGGUCAGAGUUGAUGGUUUGUCCAGAUUCCAGGAAAUCCAGACAGAUCACCUUUCCUAUCCCAAAAGGCAUUACUGUACUUGCUGAGAGCUGUGUCUUGUCUUUUUCUUUGAUAGAAAAUUCACAUCUUGCUGCUCCAAGAACUGCCUUUUUGACUCAGUCACUCAGUGCUGACACUGCAUCUCAUCACUGGUAAUGGUGCAGUUGAGGAAACUCACUUUCAGCCUCAGUAGGUCCUGACAAACUUUCGUACAGUGUUCUUUCUGUUCCUGUGUGAGCGUUUCUGGCACUCAUCGCAAGCUUUGUGAUAUUUCAACAUUAUUUCCGACACAAUGAAGUAGAUACUUAUCCUAUACAGUUUCCUGAUUACAAUCUGCUGCUUCACGUGGAUAAAUUUUGUAGUGUGACAUCUGUGUUGAGCCAUCUGGAAUGUGGCUUAUCUUCAGUGUCACUGUCACCACUGCUAAAAUCCACCACCUACCACUUCACUGUGCUCACAUCCACUCUUGGAUCUCCAGAAACAUUCUGUGAGUGUUGUACAUCAGUAGGUGCCAUUUUUUCCACAUGGAGGAAUUAAAUUCCACACCGUUAUUUCACCUGCACUUCCAUGUUAGACAUCAUUGUGUCAGGCUGUCCCUAUGCGGCCAUCUGUCACACAGCAACAAAAGGGAAUGGAAUAUGGGUGGGAAGGUUCAGAAUCUACUGCCAUACCACCAACAUCGACCUCUGGUGUUGUAGGCCACCAUAAUAAAACAGGAGGCAUUACUUUUGGAGCAGCCCUUGUAGCAUACAAUAUUAUACCACAAGGGCUUGUCUGGGAAAUGGAUGUGGUUCUGGGAAUCUGGUUUUCCAUGAUUCAAGUGUAGUAAAUGGAUAUUACUUAAGACUUAAUUAGAAGUAUUGGUAACGAUGGAAGUGUUUCAUGUUUCAGGUCUGUAUUUAAGCAACUUCUGAGUUUUGUCGGCAAAGCAACUGCUAGUGAAGGCUUUGGUGUGUAUUGAUACUUGAAGCAUUAAGAACCAGAUUAUUUUUAGAUGCUCUGCUUUUAAGUUCCUGUUUAUCUUCAGCUGUCCAGAUCUGAAAGAUAUUGUUCAGAAUUGUGAAAUUCUAGCUUGAACUGUUGGUUAGGGCCUCCAUGCAGUCUUGUCUUCAAGAAGCUGGCUGUAACACAGGGGAAUGUGAGAUUGUUUUGUUAAUUCACAUUUCUACCAUGUUUUUAUUGUUUCAAGCAUGAAUUUGAGGCUUUUCUCUUUUCCACUGCAGUGGAACUUGUGAGGCAGUUAUUGUUGUGUUUUGUGUCACAGGGGUAUCUUCUGUUUUAUUGAAAGUUUUAGCUCCUGAUUGUUAAGUGUUAAAAUAAAAGCAAAAGUAAACUGGGUAAAAGAGGGAGGAUUUUAAAAGCAUCUUUCAUUGGUCAAGAAGAAGGUAAGUUGCAAUUUUUGAUUGGGAAGUUUGAGGGGGAUUUCGUCUAUUUCCACUCCGUCCUUCCUGCAACACUUGCAAAUCUGAUCUUGCCUAGAUAUUUAAAAUGUAACAUAUGACCUCCUUUAAAAUUGCAAGCGUACUUGCCUUUUCUUAAGAAAAGGUGGACAUAGUGAGUUACAGUCUAGUUUAUUCACGCUUAUAGCAAAAAAUUAUCGGCUUCACUUCUUAAUUUAGCAUCUAACUCCAGGAAGGAGUUUUAUUUCCAAAUGAGCCAGAAUGGAUAAAAAGCAUAGAGCUUCUGUGAGUUGGCUGAACGCUGCCUGUUGCCAUUCAGCUUGCUGCUAUCUCUGUUGUAAUGGAACAGAUAAUUCUUUGCAGAUUACUACGUAAGGAAAAAAAAUAGCUUAUUUUUUCCCCACGAGGUGUUGGCAGUGGUUUCACAGUGGGAGGUAUUAGGCUGAAAAGAACCCUUUUGAAAUUCUUUCCCCUUUGAUUCAACUGCAGGGAGGCAGUAUGUAGUUUUUCUAAGGAUCUGCUCUUUCAGAAAGCACUGCCAGCGAGAGGGGCUAGUAGCUGUGUGUCAUGUACCUGGAACCUGCUUUUGUUACCUCCUUUGAAACAUAGGGAUGCCCCACUUUCUGCAGUGUGGCAGUUCAUACUAGUUCUAAGGGUUUGUGACUUUAAUAUUUCUCUGGUCUCCGAGGUUUGCAGCCAUUAUUUCUUACAGACCUCCUGCCUUACAAACACAAGGGCUGCCUUUUUUCCUGCCGAUAAUACAGUACAUAUUUGCGUCAAGAACGAAGCACUGGUGCUCAGGAACUGAAGGAUAACAUUCAGCAGGUACAAAUGAAAAAAGGAAAAGAAAAGCACUGCUUAGCUCAUUAUGUCUGUUCUUUCGUGAAAUGAAGGUAAGCAUUAUAGGGAGAUGCAAAUUACCCUAAAAAUAAAUUUCUUUCACCUUUGUAAAUGACAAGGUCUUUUUAGAAAUAGAGACAAUCACAUUUGUAGAUCACAUUUGCCUUUUAAAGGUAUUUUUCAUUAGAAAAGUAGUGAAUUGGGCCCCUCAUUCUUUUUAAUGCUUCAAAUGUGGACUUUACACACGUGAAGAGUCCAAUAUAAAGAAUUCAUAAAGCUCUAAGUUACAUAAAAGAAAGCAUAAAGGCACAAAGAUGAUUAAACACGUGCCUAAGUGCUUACAGGGGUUUGGUAAUGAAAGAAAACGUCCAGCCUGUUCUUCAUUUAGUAACAAAUACCUGGUGAAGUUACUUCAGUCAGUACGGUCUGUCCCAUGUGGCAGGGUGCACUGAAGGAAUGUGGGAGAGAACAGAGUGGAGAGAUACAUGUAAUCCGUUUAGAACAGAGCUUGCCAGUGUCUUGUAGCUAACAUUUUGAGGUUUUCAUGUUUGUAAAGCAAUUUGAAGCUGCUUAAAAUAAAUAUUAAUGACUACGUUUGCAUCUGUAUUCUACGUUUGGAUGUUUGUAAACAAUUUAGACUUUCCCUUUCUGUAGGCAAACAUUAUAAAAGCAGUCAUGUGGCAGGUGGCAGAAAAACCUACUUCUUUGUGCAAAGCUUCACUAGAUCGCUACUAUUUUAUUUUUUUCCCAAAUUAGAAUUAACAUUUAGAUAGUCUUUUAAAAUAGCUUUCCAUGGUCAGAUACCUUUGGAUUAAUAUUGAGUUGGUAGCUAGGGGAAAACCACUUCUAUUUGCAGAUGGUAGAUUUUAUUUAUGGGUCCGGUAGAGAAAGCUUUGCUGUAAGUCUAGGAGAUACAGUGUUAUGUAGGACUGUAGUGCAGCUGUGCUUAGGGGGCUUUUAUUACCUCAGUGGAACCCGCCUAACUUCUACAUCAGUUAUGGGAACAGGUGAAGGGAAGAUUGAGCUAUGUUUUUUAAUUUUAAAUAUUUUUCCCUAUAUAUUGUUAUUUUUUUAGAUCUUUUUAAAGUAUAUUAUUAUAUGCUGGAGAAUGCAAUUCUGCUAUAGUAUCCCACUUGUUUCUAGUGUACAAUAUCAGAUUCUUUGUACUGAAAAGAAUGUAUUUGAUAACAGGAAAAGUUAUUUUCGAAGUCUGCUGUGUUUAUGUCUAGCAAUUGGAAAUACUUUUCCUAUAUAAAAUUAAUGUUAUAUAGAUAUAUAAAUAUAUAUGUGACCUCAUAUGUACAUUUGGAUUAACUGUCUAAUGACUACAUCAGGGCUGCUAUAUACUUAUCUGAAAAAAUUUACGAUUGCCUCUUUUAAACUGUUUUAAAAAGCCUUUUCUCUUGUCUCUUUUUGGCAGAAGGUAAUUUUCCCUAGCUGUGGGUACAGUAUGCUCAGACUUGCAUUUGUGCUCUGUUCAGUUUUUAAACUGAAAAAAAAGUUGUAUAAAAAUGUGUAUAAAGAGAAGUGUAAAUAAAAUAUUUUUAAGCUUUAAACACUCUGCUGUAUACUUUGUAAUAUUUAGUGCAGCGUGCCUGGAUUUCAGGACUUCAGAGAUUACUAAGCUAAACAAAUCUUUAAAAAUGUCUUGUGUUGCUAUCAUUCAUAGUGCUGUGUUAAGGAUAGCCAAUGUCAUAGUAACAAGAAAAGUUGGAUGUCCUUAUAUAGCAUCACUCUUGUGUCUUUAGCUAUAUUUUACAAUCUUCCCAGUGUUAAUUGCCUAGUACAUUCAAUCGUACCCUCUGUAUUUCAAGCUUGAACCUAGGUUCCAUGACUUAAUGGUUACAUUUGUAACCUAGCAUGAAGGCAUACUUUGAAACAACAAAAAAUGAGAACUGAUGCCAGCCUUUGGUGUUAGUCGGAGCUGGGAGAAAGAUGGUUCCAUCAAAUCUAUCAAAUGCAUAGAAUCAGAGGCUCUGAAAUAACAUGCAUUUACACACUUGGGCCUCAAAGUGCCAGAAGCCUAAAUCAUAAUCUUUUAAGUUUUCCAUAAUGAAGCAUUCAUGUCAGGAUUAAUGCCUCAGAUCAGGACAACAUCCAUUACCAAGAAGGGAAGGGGUGAGGUAAAAUAGGAGAGAGAGAGACUGUGGUCUUGACUUGCCUUCAUGAGACUGCUUGAAAAAUCUUCCCUGUCAGUCCUCUGCCACGAUUUUUUUUCUGCCACUGUCUGUUCUUCAACGGCUCUAUCUGUCAAAGACCCUGGUUUAAAAAUCUGCCAUGAAAAAUGUUUGAAAGGAACUCUGGUCGUCUCUUUUUUUUUUCUCUCUCUUUAAUCUUGAGUUCUAAAACAGUGUUUUAAUAUUGUUUCAGUGCAUAGGAUGAUUUAAGACUUUAUUUGCAUGAAAUCAUUUUUCCCUCCUGCUUUGCUGACUGAACUUGAUGCUACGCUUAGUGCUGUUUAAUGAGGGAACGGUGCAGCAGUGGAAUGCAUCACAAGAGAAGGGGCUUCUCUUAUUUGCGAUGUUCCCUAUUUUUCAUUGGAAAGGAGACCAAAUGUUGUGGGCUGAUACAGUGGAAGAGAAGAAGAUGGCAAUCAUUCCAUGUUGUACAUGUAUUUAUUUAAUUUUGUUUGUCUUUUUUGCUUCCUUCCUUUGUGAGCCAGGUCAUGUUUUUGACAAUACCUUUCUGCCAUGAUGCUGGCCAACUUUUCCUUGUUAGCACCUCCUUUGUUGAUCAUAUAAUGCAUCCAUUGUUUCUCUAAAGAGAGCUCUCCGAUUCACUGGCUCAAAGUUCCUCUUAUCAAAUUAUUCACUGUUUUGGAUUAUGUUGCCUUAUUUUUUGGCAAUAUUUCACUCUCGCAUUCAGCUGAUUGUAUGACAUGUAACUAGUUUGGCAAAGGUAAUUUUCAGUUAAUUUUUGUUGUUGUUGUUAAUUAUACACCCUUGUUGACGUGAAAUUCUUCCUUUUGACAGAUGUUCCCCAUUUGCUGCAAAUUGUUGGGUUUUUUGUUGUUGGUUUUUUUUAAUUCUGUAAGCUUAAUAAUUUUGAAAACUGUUGAUUGCUUUGGGUUACACAGAUUCUGAACAGGCUGCCCACAGAAGUUGUGGAUGCCCCAUCCCUGAAGUGUUCAAGGCAAGAUUGGAUGGGGGCCCUGGGCAGCCUGGUUUAGUAUUGAAUGCAGAGGUUGGUGGCCCUGCCUGUGGUGAGAGGGGUUGAAGAUUCAUGAUCCCUGAGGUCCCUUCCAACCCGGACCAUUUCGUAAUUCUGAUUCUGUAUUUGUUUUGGGGUUCAUAACAUACUUGUUGAGGUAUCCCCUACCUGCCCCCAGCCAUUAACCCAUCAAAUCUUAUUUAUUGUGUCAUCUUUUCACCAGAGUACCUUCUUGUCCAAUGUUAUUUUCUUGGCACAUGAAAAGCUUUUGCUUGUUCAAGAAGCGUAAGGGGAAUAUGAGUAAUUUCUUGUUCUCAUUAAUGUUUUUCACUUCUACAUUUGUCCAUUUAGUUGCACUGACAGGUGCUUUGUAAAAAUAAACCUCAUCCUGAUCUGUUUAAGUACCCAGUGACUCUUUAGUCUUCCAUCCACAGGAAUGUCAGCAUUAUGUCUCAGGCUGAUGUCACCCAUGGUAACAGUUCUCGUAAGGAUAAAUGUUCAGAAAAUACCUCUGAAUAAAAAAUACUAUUUUUCUAAUGAGAUAAACGGCUUCAAUUGUGAACCUUUUUAUUGCACUAUUUAAUUUUAUGAGAUAGAUACAUCUUUGACAUAAACUGCCAGCUUUCUUUCCCACACCCUCUUUCUGCAUAUCUUUGGGCAUGGUCUAAGUAUUGCUUCAUUUACUGCUCUUUGUCACGUAGCUCAUCUCACAAGUUUGAGUUAAACCGAUCGUAUCAUUCUUUAUUCUGUGUGACAAUCUUUUAUCUCCUGAAGUCAAAUGUGCAUGUGAUGGGUGUGUUCCUAGCUAUUUGAGACUUUCUAAGUUUACCAUACCUUUUUUCUCAAAAGAACUGUAUGAUGUGAGCUGAAACCAAAUAUUUCACCCAUGUGCUUCUGUGUGGUUAAAUCUGAAGGGAGGAAUUGCAGGGUGGUCAGUAUAUUCCUCUCCUGUUUACCUUCUCAGAUUGCUCAAGUCAUCAAAAUGCAUUUGCAUUUGUGGUGGUGACACUGGAGUCAAUACAAUGGAUGGCUUAAGCACUUUCUUCCAUAUUGCUGUAGUAAUAGCCUUCAUUUUCACUCCUGGAAAGCAAGGGAUUGCUAACUUUUUGCACCUCUCAGAAAGCCCUGCUGGCUGAUUUAUUCCCAAGAUGGAGUCAUAAUCAAUGGUUUGUUCUUGACCAGCUGUGGAUGUUCUGUGAGAUUUGCCUUGUAACAUCUCUUCUGGCUCUGGCCCUUACAGGUUGUUCCCCUUGGAUUUCUAACCUCACAAGGAUGGCAACUUAAUAUCAAGAAAUUACUGUAACUUCCAGUGGUAAUUUUUAAUACAACAAACCAAAAGCAUUAAAAAUUAAGACAUUUUACAGUGCAAAACAUUGCCCCUUGAUUUUUAGUACAUUAUUGCAACCUGAAAGUCUUACUGUUAAGUAAUAGUUUACCUUUGCUGUUUCUCCUCAAUUAUCCAAAGCACUGAAAGGAACUGUUCAGUCAGGAAAAAAACAUUAUUAUCAUUAACUGAACUACAGCUUCUAUUUUAAUGAAUAUUCAUGUUCUUAAUGCUGGGAGCUGAUCCAAUUAUUACUAAGAAUAUCAGAAAAUUUUAGCUGAUUUCUGAGACAACUGGAUUUUGACUAAGUACUGUUUUCUGAAACCAAGAGGAGUAAGGCUUAACUCUGCUAAGUUCAAUAACUAAAUCCUCCAGCCAGAGAAAUCUCCAUACAAGUUUUGUGACACCCAAAUAACCAACUGUACUUCCGAGUUCUGCUCCUAAGCAAGUGUGAUAAUUGCAUACAUUCCAGUUUUAUGCCAGCUUGGCAGUACAGUUGGAUUUUGUUUUAUUUUUUGUAGUUACAAUUAAUCUGUCUGUUCUGCUAAACUUGUUAAACAGGUGUGAGAAGCCAUAUUUUCAUAUUUGCAGCUAACCUGUACCAUGCAAGAUGCAGCACAGCAUGUAGUGGUUCCCUUCUCCAGCAGUUUCCUUUGUAGGUGUGAAUGGGUAAGUCCCAUGGAUUCUCACUGUUAGAAGUGUGUGUGGCUACUGUUAGAAGCAUUACAAUACAAUUGGUAUUUGGGUAAAUAAAGUGCUACAUUUUGUGUAGCUACAUUUUAUAUACACAGAUACUGAAGUUAAUACCUCAUUUGCCAAUAAAUAUGAAGAUAAAUAAAUACAUUUUCCUGCUAAGAAAUUCAUCAGUACUGUGAAAAUAACUUUUUUAUGAAGAUGAAAAGAUUGCAGUUAAAAUCUUAGAAAUUCGUAACUGCUGCAUGACAUUUUACAUUCUAGCUGCAGUUAAUAUCCUAAAUGUAAUCAGCUCAAUAGAAAUUUGAGAUGCAAUUAAAUUUUGAAUAGUUGGAUUUUGUUGUGAUGAGUGCUAAGAAGCAUCAAAAAAUGUCUGUUAGUUUAUGUUCUCACUGCUACUAGUAGUGCUACAACUGUGCAUCUUUUAGCUGACAUCUCUGCUGGUAGUUUCAGCAACUUGUUAGCAGAAGAAUUGUUCAUCAUUGCUGGGAUGGUGUAAUUCAAAAUGUAGAACUCGAGCUGCAGUAAGAAAUCUGGAUCUGGAUUAUGGAAGGAACACUGCAGUGUUUAACCGUGAUGCUAUCAACAGUGAAACUCAACUCAAUUGAACUACACUUUUUUUGCAGGAUACAUUUGUCUGUUUUACCUGUCACCUCUCAGGAUUUAGACAGCACCAAGUAUGUUUUGGAAGCUCUUAGAACGUGACAAAGUUGAUGACAGCAUGUGCUAAAAUGCAGAAGUGCCUCCGAUGCAGCUAAAGGUAGGUCAGUGGGAAAGCAUGAAGAAAUCUGCAAUGGCAUCUGUCCUUAGUUUUCAGUUUAGUUAUUCAACAUAUUGCUACAAACCUUGUAGAUUCCAAAACAGCAACUCUGAGAAGCAUUAAAUUCAGAAUGCUUUAAGAAAUACUCACGUUUAAGAAUGAGAAGCAAAAGCUCAAGGUAAGCUUAACUCCAGAUUAAAGAAAAAAAUAUUAUUAAACACAGAAAUAAUAAACAUUUUUUGUUUUGUUUUUCAAACUGGGGAAUGAGUAAUACAGAAUUAAAUAGGAUGCUUAUGAGUAUCCAAACUGCACUACUUUCACUGCACUCUGUGAAAGAGAGUUGAAUUGGCUGUUUGGAACAACUGUGCUAAAAUUCACAUGAACGUAAAAAACCGACUGUAUGUUUUGGAGACCUGUGUGGCAAAGCUGUAUACUUGAUGUGUCACAUCUGUGUUUUGUGCAGAAUAUUUAGAAAGCCCACCAAAACAUACAGCCACUUUCAGUUCAGGAGCCCUUACAGUUGUAUAUUUAACAACAUACUUUGAAAGUAACUUUGAAGGAAAAGAGAUGUGCCGAACAGUAUUCCUUUAAGUUAAAACAUAUAAAAGUGCGGUAGGAGGCAGAAAAGCAGAGUGCUUUACAAAGAUUUUAGGAGUUAGUUUUAAACAGGCAGGCAAAACAGUAGUGACAAGCCAUGGCAUUACAAAUUUCAUUUUAGAGAAGAAAAGGUGCAUGGAAAAAUUUGUUAUAAAAAAUUUGCAAGAUUUAUCAUGUAGGAGAACACCAAAAUAAGCUAGCUUUUCAGUUCGUAAUGUUUUCCAUUGAUCAGUGUCACUAGCUAAUUGCACUGAUAUUUAAUAAGUAGAUGUUACAAGCUCAGAUUUUAACAAGAAUGUGCAACAAAUCCAUUUUUUUCUACCAUACCUCUUAAUGCGUGCCAAAUAAAUACCUGUUGUGCUGCUGGUAAAGAAUUGCUCCUAUCUUACUGAAAAAAAAAACAGCUGUAAAUAACAAUCUAAUAUGGCAUUAAAAAGGAUCAGACUGGAAGGUAAAAGAUGAGUUUCUUAAAUUAUAUUUCUGCCUGGACUGGCACAGUUUAUGAGCUGUAUCAACAUCUCCAGUAUUCUCUGAGCUGUAGCUUUCUAAACAAAACAUUUAUUUCACAAGUAUUUAGAAAAGCUAUUUACCAAGGACAGGGAAAGGUGAAAUGUGAAAUGUGAAAUUAAACUCUAGCUUGGUAUAGGUUCUUACCUAACACUAGAAACAGCCGUGAGCUGAUCGAGUCAAAGACCUUUAUUCUGUAGCCUCUGCUGCAGAAACUUCAGUUUCUUUGGAAGCCUGUCUGACAGUGGUUUGGACUGUGCACAAUCCAUUAUGUCACAUGUUAUCACUGUCCUGGAGAAAUUUUGCAGGCACCCUUCUCUGGCAGUUAUUUCUGCCAUGAAAAUAUACAGGGCUUUCAUCCAGAUUACUGAUAUAAUGCAAAGAACAGUAUACAUACAUGAAAACAAAUGCAUUUUUAUUGGUCUUCUCUAUAAAGGUUUUCCCAUUCUUGUCAAUCAGUCAUAUCAGUCACUUAAUAGAUAAACUUCCACGUGAAACAAAAAGUGCAUUCAAUACUAGAGCUGAUAAAAUCAUGUGCAUCAUAAGUUUUUGUAAAACAACUCUUUGUUCUUUAUGUAUUUAUGUAUCUAUCAAUAAUUGCUGUGUAGUCACUGCAUAUAAGUCAAUCACAAAAAUAUGUAUUUGUAACAUAUAUACAGCUGAUGAAUAAAAUACAUUAAAAAAAAUGUGCCUGAUUUGCAAACUGCCCAUUCACUCUGCACGCUCACAAACCUGCCGAAGAAUACUGGAAACCACUUUUCCAGAAAUGUUUGCCAUACUCUGAUGGCUUGUUUCCCACAUGUAUAGCUGACUGCACAAGUACAAUUCAAUGGUGAAAGAGGCCCAUUAGUAUUCUUUAAUCAGAGGUCAUUUAGAUGCAACUAAACAUCAACUAGCAUUUUAGAUACAAGUCUUGUUAAAGAGGGAAUGUUUAUAACCAAACCUGUAAUGUAGAUGUCAAAACAUUUCUUACAUGCAUGUCAUCUUUCACUGCAGCAAUACCUGUUACCUGUAAUCAAUACCUGUUAUUAGUUUUGAUACUGAAACUCGUACCACUUGUUUGAAAUACUUCCAAUAUCUCAUUAACUUGUAACCAUCCCCCACUGACUGUAAAAUACAACAGAAAAAUAUGACAAAGCUUUAAAAAAAAAAGGCAGAUACAACCUGCAGUCUUCUUCCUUCACCUCUGACAAUGGCUCCUGACAACAGUUGAAUCUAUCAGCAAAUGAGGAUUGUGCUAUUUUUACAAUCAGCACAUUGAGAAGCGUUGUCCGGUUGUAUUAUAUGAGGUUUAAACAUCCCCAUUCAUCAGGAAAAUAUUUAUUCUUGCUUCACCUGGUUCCAUUAAGUCUAUAAAUAGACUGCAAUAAACAAAUACAGGAACCUUCUCUAGGAGGGAACAAAGAAAACCGUAAUCACAAAGAAUAUUUACGACUGUGAGAGGUACAUGGCUCAUC